CACGACAGCCAUCUCUUCAACCUCAUCGUCUACCGCGACAUCUCGUCCGCACACGCAAGCUAUGUCUCGCUACUCGCUGCACGUAGAGCCUGAGCACAAACGGCCCCUCACUUUCGUGCGCCGCUGGGGAACCAGCCUGGGCCUGUGGGGAGCCGGCGCAGGGGUCAUGGCCCUAUACUUCCUGUCCGUGACACCGUUGGUAAAACGGGAAUUCCUUUCCAAGCUCCCUGCGGUGGGCGGGUACUGGCAAGACAAGACCCCUGCGUCGGACAAGCCGUUCUAGAACCGUGUUCUUAUCCGCAGCUUGAAUAGAUUUUGGGUCUUUGACCCGUAGCCCUCCGACGUGUGUCCCAUGCAGCGGUACGAUAUACAUGGCAGCGGCAAGAAGAUGUCCAAAUCGCUAAAGCUUGUUUGAGACCGGGCUGGCACCUCCACGGUCACCAGUCAGGUCGAUUCCCAACUUCUCCUCCAACUGUUUGAUUGCGCCCAUCGAAUUCCCGAUGGGCACGUCUGCGGGAGGGCUCUAGAUCAGUAUGGAAUUUCCAAGGUACGAGCGAUCGAAGGACCGAUGCGUCGACUCACGGAUCGUCUCCAUUCCAAGGCUCUGAGCCACUUUGAGGUUCCUGCAGUCUCGACCGUAAGAUGAUAUAUGUAAGCAGGGCCACCUAGCCCACUCACAUUCCGAGGUCAUCAAGGAACA